AUGGAAGCUGUCGCCGUAAAGACAUUGUCAGGGAAGCUUGAGCUCCAGGAGGAGGAGGUCAAGAACAUGAAAGAGCUGCGCAGAUGCCUGAGCGAUCACAAACGAAUCAUGGUCAAUCUCGUCACAAUGGUAGAUCAGUCAAGCCCGACAAACACUUAUCACAUUGUUUACGAAUUGGCCGCGUACGAUCUGAAUGGCUUCCUCACCGAUAUGCCCUAUGACCUAAGAGCGAAACGCCAUACGACAGCCAAGCUGGGAAGAACGGGCUCUAUAUACAUGUGGCCGGGCGACCUGAUCUCAGAAAGCGUCAAUCUCGCCGAUGCAUUGGACUUCAUUCACAACCGACUCUAUUCGAAAUCUCAUGUAUCACUGUCCCAUAACGACAUCAAACCAGAAAACAUCCUGGUAAUCUAUCCCGAAACUACGAAUGAGCAAGAUUGGUACCCUGUGGGACAGUGGAAACUUGCCGAUUUCGGGCUCUCCGUCGUCAAGAACAAGCGAUCAUCUGACAGCUCUAACAAACACCUGAGCGCAGAUAACGCUUUGUUCAGUCCCUCGAAUCCACAGCAGACACAUAGGACUGAGAGACCCAGUUCUGUGUCGAAAGCCAUGCCUGCGAGAUACCCGGGCCAGUAUACGGCCCCGGAGUUGGAUCAGAAGACCCCCCAGAAGGCAGAUGGCAGGAGUGCGGAUGUAUGGUCAUUCGGAUGCGUCUUGUCUGAGAUUAUUACCUACGCUGUCAAGCUGGACUGUAAGCCUGUCGAGAAGUUCCGCAAGUUACUCGAGCAGAGCGACCCGCCAGAUCCAAAGUUUUACCAUCACACAACCAAGGACGUCAAGCAGGAGUUUCUCGACCAUCUUGAUACACUACCGGCUAUGGCUCGCGAAGACACGCGCACCCCCAACGACACUCACUGGACAGCCUCCUGUGUUAAGCUCAUUAAAGAAAUCGUAGUGAAAGAUCCUAACGCUCGACUUGGGGCAAACAAAAUACGACCUAAGCUCAGUCAGAUUGAACUCUCCAUGCGUCCCGAGAAACAGAUAUGGCUAAACCAUAGUUUGCCACCACUAAAUAUGGGAGCAGUUACUGUGAACCCAGACCCUGCGCUAUCAUGUCCAACGGGUGCUAUAUCUGCAAGUCCGACAGACUACAGCGAUUCCAAUCAUGAAAGAGACGAUUCGAUGAGUAGGGUACCAAGCAUAUCUAUCAAUCCCCCGGAGCACACGAACUCAGAGGUAUCGCGGCCUACACACCUCGGCGAUAGUGACAGACGGAGAGCGACAGCGCCUAGAUGA